CCUGCUGGCCUCUUGUGCCCGGACGGCUGGAUGGGAUACCGAGGGAAAUGCUACUAUUUCUCAGAGAGGGAAGGGAGCUGGACCGACAGCCAGAGCCGCUGCUCUGCAGCGGGUGCCUCCCUGGCUGGGAUCGACAGUGAGCAGGAAACGGCGUUCCUGCUGCGCCAUAAGGGUGUCUAUGACCACUGGAUCGGCCUCCGGAGGGAGCAGGGUCAGCCCUGGACAUGGGCCAAUGGCACCGAAUUCAACGACCUGUGAGUCUCUCUCGCCCCUCUGGACUAAUCCCCUGGGCUUGGGAUUCUGGUGUCUGAGCUGUUUGAGCUCAGGUAGAUCCACCACUCAGUGCUAGUGAAACAACCAGACACGACCCUGGUCCGUUCGCGUCCUGUGUGUAUCGGAGACCGAUGGGAGCCGGCGUGUCCCUGAACUCUCGGCUCCUCCCCACAGCACGGAGCUGGGCCGGAGACAGAGCCCGCCACAGCCAGAGAUGCCCUCGCAGCGCGCUGGGAUUUCAGCUGGGACACUCGCUGUUCUCCCCCAGCCCUCUUCA